AUGCCAAAAGGAGUGUCACAACGGGAAGAACAAAACUACGCCAGACAAAAUAUGACACGAACGGGCAGGAGACCCUGUGGGGAUUCCCCCCAGGAAUGUCCCUUGUCAUUGGGAAGAUGUAAAUCGAGCGAAGAUAGCGUGUUAAUCGACGAGGACAGACGUAGGGGAAGCGAGUCGAACGGGUCCAGCACCGAAGAAAGGUUGUUUACUCCAAAUUAUUACAGAGGAGGAAGUAAGAGAAAUACGAUCAACAUAAGGAUAAAAAAGAAUGCAAACGGGAAUUUACAACACUCUGGGGGAGGGAAAAAAAAAGAGGAACAGAAAUCCUUCAUCAAGUCGCUAAUAGAUAAGAUAGAAGAAAUGUACAAAAAAGGAUCACACGGUGAGAAAGGGAAUUCACAUAAAUUGCCAUUUGAGUCCAGACCUGCCUUUCUUUUAAAUGAAUAUAUAAAUGUAGAACCAACGAAUAACGUGACGUAUAGACGUAGGACACCACAUAAGACUCUACGUCGAAGCGACUUCGUUGGAAUAAAUUUAAAGCCCUUUGUUAGAUUUAAGAGUCAUUCGAAGGGAGAUGACGAUCGUGCCAAUCGGAGCGGUGAUCCGAGGAAAAGGGCCAUUAUAAAAAUUUCCAACCAAAGUCCUCACGAAAUAUUUAACCCCAGGUGCAUCAAUACGAAUCGAUGCUCGUCUGAGUACCCCAAAGCAGCAAAUUUUUACUCCCUAAGGAAUGAUGUAAUGGGGGGGAAUUUCCCCUUCUGGGGGGGCCAGGGAGAGAAAAACAGAAUAGGUACCUCGGUAGGCACGCACCAUUGGGGAAAAUUAACGGAUAAAGAAUGUAAUUAUCGCAAUAUGUAUGACGCACCUUUCGUACACUUGAACCCAGUCCAAAGGUGUGCAACGUAUAAUCCAUGGUGUGGGGGAAGCGCAGCGGGGAAUGUGAACAAAGCGGGGGUUGCUUGUCACGUUAAGAAGAACCACCCACAUAGACGCCUCGAUAACAGUGCAGAAAAGAGAGAACACAGAAUAAGAGUAAGAAUAAACAGAAAGGGAGCAGGAAGAAAGAACGAAGGUGAUGGUGACGGGGAAGAUGGAGAUAGUGAGGGAAGCAAAACUGAAUCUGGCUCGAUGAUCAAACGUCCGCACCAUGGAAGGAGCCCUCUAGCGAAGGAUAAUGAUCACUUAGGGAAACAUAACCCGAGAAAUUUACAGGAAAAGGAGAGAGAGAAAAAAUUCCUAGUUAACCUGUCUCUACCUUUGAAGAACCCUAGGGGGAACAAUUGCACGGAAGGGAAAAGAACAACCAAUUUGGGUGGCAACAUCAACGGAGAUGCUCCCUCCCACGUUUUAUUCACUUCGAAAGGAAAAAGAGGAAUGAACCUAAAUGUGAAGAACAGAUCGAAUGAAAGAAUUAGGCUUCGAUAUGCAGGUAAAGAUGGAGAAGAUAAGGAAAGCGCUAAAAUGCGUUCCAAUUCUACUUCUACAUGUGACACCGCAAAGCAUAAUAAGCUCCUCUCCGGCACUUAUUCAUCAUUUGGGGGGAGUCAACAGAGCUGCUGCAGGGAACCCACCAAAUGCCAUAGAAGCGGCUUAAACAUACACUGUAUGCAUGGCAGCAACGAUGGAAGCAACGAUGGAAGCAAAGAUAGAAGCAACAAUGGAAGCAAAGAUAGAAGCAACAAUGGAAGCAACUCUUCGACGAACAAAACAAAGAAAGGGACAGAGAUGCAGGUCCACCCAGAGGGGACGAAGCGGAGGAGUUCACACACAUGGAGUAAAGCUCCAGAAGAGUAUCACGACCAGUAUGAAAGAAGACUUCACAACAGAGGGGAUCACAAAACAAUGGGGAAAAAUUCAUCUCAGCUUAGAGCACAGACGGAACAAAAUAGAUGCAUAAGGGAUGCCCGUGGGGUCAAGGGACAAUAUAUCAGUUCCUAUCUCCAAUUGGAGGAUAAUAAAAAAGGGGAAAAAACUCUAUCAACAGAGGGCUACGAAUCGGGUGAAUCAAAAAAUGAACGCCAUAAAUACGAAGUGGAUAAAAAAACGGACGCAGUGAAGAACGAAGGGAAGCUUCUCUUAUUAGCGCAACAUAAUGAAAAGUUGAUAAGCGAUCGUGGAAAAGAGGCACCGCAGCAAUACUGCAAAAUGUUAACUUGGGGAACCUCAAAUAAUGGUGGCAACAGAAGCUACAAAUCAGACCGUAUUGCGCGGAAAAAGGGAGAAAAAAGUGCUAAAGGAAAUGGAGAGAAAUCCCUUACUUGCAGUAACUCCUUAGAAGGGCAACAGAAAUAUAAAAACUUGAGGACCAUUACUAUACCGUCAGACAGUGUAGACGGAACGAAUGAGGAAAACCCAAGAGGAAGACAACCUAUUAAGGGGGGUGGUGAAAAAUCUACGGGGGAACACCGCAUUGCAAGUUCCUUCAACAUGUCAAACAGAAUAGAUACGCAAGACAAUUCAAUGGAAAAAUACCAAAUGGUGCAGUACUACAAAUCGAGGGAUAAAAAGGUAUGUAGCGGUUCGUCCUGCAUCUGCGAAGAUAGUGCCCACAAUGUUUGCUACAACAGGGUGGGAAAAAAUAAAGGGAGUCACACAAAUGCUAACCCAUUUGGUCAUAUAAAUGAAGUGUUAGAAAUAAAAGACAAAGGGGGGAGGAGCAGAAGUGUUGCUACAGCGUUGUCAAAUAGCCAGCGUAACAAAAAAAGGGAGGAAUUUUUCCCUGAUGAGGAAGGUAGAAGUUGCCCUUGGGGAAGUUCAUCACGAAGGGGGGUACACACAACUGCUGUUCCACCGAAGGAAGUUGGGAGUAGCGAUAGUGAAAGACAUUAUAAGAAUGAGGAACGCCUAUACUCGAAAGAAGAAAAAAAAAAAUCGAAUAUGCAUUCGAAGGGUAGUUCCCACUGCAUAGAGGGAGAAGUAAAUUACAACUCGGGGACGAAUCAAAAACUUGACAGGUAUAAAUCACGCCGUGGGGACAACUCCAGUCGUCUCCACAAUUUUGUGGAAGGUACAAAAAGUGAAGCUCGAGAUUGUCCAGUUUGGGAACACAGCCAGGUGGAUGACCCAGAAAAGUUCUUAUGGCACCGUACAGAAAAGACAUAUGCCCCAUCGGGUGAAGAAAUUUCAGGCAGGAAAAAUGAGGCGCACCAAGGUGUUGUGGGUCCGUUGGGGGAAGGCAGCAUCCAAGUGAGGACAAGCAAAACAGGGAGUACUUCUGGUCCGCAAAAAAUGGGAGGAAGGACAGAUGAUGGCAUUUUAGCCAAUCCUGAUUUUGAAGACCAUACAACAAAUUACCGCACGAACAGCAAAUUGCGUCACCGAAGUGACUUCCAGUCGACAUCACAUCGUAAGAAGGCUGGACGAAGGGACAAAACGGAGAAGCAACGGGAACACUAUACAGAAGGCAACUCUCAUUCGCAUCACAGUUCUAAGGAGAAUUUUGAAAAUGUCCAACCAUCGCAGUUGUCUUGCUCUAACAGCUUGCAAAGAAAAAGUAAAAAAAUGAAGAGUGCUUUAUCGGGUGACAUUUUUGCACAGAAAAGGGUUUCCCAUUCAAGGGAAAGAAGUAGUAGCUCGGGUGAAAGUCAUGACAAGAAAGGGGCACACCAUGGGGAUGAAAGGUAUGAUAAAGGGAGAAGCAGCACCAAAUGGGGAAAGGACUCCUCUUCCAAUUUUUCCGAUUAUCAUGCGAUGAACAACAUAGAAAGGGUUCUUUACAAUUCGAGGGGGGCAUCCAAGGAGGAAGAAAAGGUAGGCACUGAAGGUGGAACCAUUGGUAGAAGAAGUCGUAGUAUCGAUCGUGGAAGCGUUGUGCAUUACACACACGGAAGUCAUCCCUAUGGAGACACGAAAGAAAUCGCAAAACGAAGCCUUCAUCAUGAUAGUAACAAUAAUAUGUCGUCUUGUAAAGGUGACGGUUCGCAAAAAAAUGGAAAGCAGCAUCUCCCCGUGGGCACUACCCCAAAUAACUGCAUCCACAUGUCGCACCUAAGUAGAAGCCCCAUGACAUCAAAAAAGCCAACCGUGAUAAAUAGCGAUGUGCAUAGUGAUAAGAGUGCUAGUACGCAGGGUGAACAGGUUAACGUUGAAAAGAGUUUCCACUACGGGGAAGAUAGCCAAUUAUGUAGCGAUAAGGAUGAAGCAAUAAUUAGAAAAGUUAAAUCGAAGGAUGGAGAGAGUAACAUUUAUCAGAUUCACGAAUCGGUUUGUAGUGAGCGAAGGGGUGAAACGUCCAGCGAGCAAAUGGUGGCUGGAAGGAGACUAAACAACGGAGGCACACACCAGAGUCGUCAGAACACCUUAUCGAAUGAGAAAUAUCGAACCCUGCAGAGGUCGCAUAAUUACCACGAUGAAGAUGAACACGAAAGAAGGUCAAACCGUAGAAUGAGGAACUCGCUGAGGGAGGGAUCAAAACAUAGUGGGAACUGCUACUCGGAAGGGGCAUCCGCAGAUCAGUUAGCCAUAUUGGACAAUUUAAAUUAUCGUCACGAUGACGAAUCGGACAUGAACAGAAGUGAUCAUGGGGUAAACCUAGAUGCAGCAAAAUGUGGAAACAGCGAAAGGGGUAACUCCUACGUGAGGAGACACACAAAAGUGAGCACCUCUUCUGCGGGAAAUAUCUCCAAUUGGGGAAACGUAUUGAGAGAGAAUUCUUCAAUGGACAAAAAUGGCUUCCCAUAUGGCUCCCACUUAAUGCUGAAGGAAAGAAGUAGUGGAGAUAUUUUCAGAAAAGAAAAUAGUAACUCGAAUAAUCAAAGCAGAUUCACGCAAGGUACAUGUGAUUUCUCAAAAAAUGAACACCAUAGUAAGCAUGAGCGUGAUCAGCACAUGAGCUUCAUUUCGGAUGCACAGAAGGAACCCGUAAGUAUGGGUGAUGAGGCAGGUAGAAGUAUGUCUUUAGGUGGGGGAAGAGCUUCAUCCAGAAGGGGCAAAUGUGGCAAGAGUGAGAACAAUUCAGGCCACUCGAUCGAUGAGCAGAUAGACCAGCGAGGCGACAAUCACUGGAGACGUGGAAGUAAACACACCCAUUCGAACCGAAAGGGCGAUUACGAGGAGGGGGAGGAAAUAACCCCCCAUAGUGGAUCACCCAGAAUGGAAGAUAAAAAGAAGCACCAUAAUGGAGAUGCUAAUAAAUAUAAAGAAGGAAGAAAGCAGAAAGGAAGCCACAUAUCGGGUCGUUCUUAUGGCCACUCCCAAUGUUCCCAAAGAAGUGGCAGCAUAUCUGAGGGAAACAUCACCAGCUGUUCAGGCAGUCAUGCUAUCUACGACAAGAUUAACCCCUCGACAGUGUCCAGGUCGAAUAGUUCCCUUCAUCAUGAGGAAAAAAAAAAAAGGGUUAAAAGUAGUGGUCCAAAUUUAGGUGCUCAUCAUGGGGGGAAUCGUCAUUUGAGCAAAACAUCCCGAGAUUGGCACAGUGGCCAUAUCGCACAAGGGGACAAACACCGCAGCUACGAUAGGGGCGCUUCUAAAUGGGAUGCUGAAAGAUCAUGGGUGGGGGAAAGGAAUAGACACGAUGAAUAUGUUCACGUGAGGGAAGACGGCAUAAGCUCAGAUCACAGAAGCGCACAACCUGCUGCUAAUCAAUUAUGUGGAAAGGACUCAAAGCUAAAAAGCAUCCCCUCCGUGCACAGCAAUCAGGAGGGCACACGCGAAAGAAGACGUUCACAUUGUAGUAGUGCAUCGAUCUGUAUUAGCAACUGUAGAGAAGAAGAGGUUACCCUCCAACGACAUCGCAGCAAUUACGAGGGAACUAGUGAGAUGGAAAGAAAACGAACUGUUCAGGAAAACAAAAAUACUGUACGAAACAACUGGACAGGUAAUGAAAGAAUGAGCUGCUCUCGUGAGAAAGAAACCACUUCUUGCAAUAGUGAAAAGGGAGAAAUGAGGAAUGGAGGCUUCCCCAGCAAAACGAAUGAAUACCAGCCAAACGUCAACAUAGGAAAAGAAAACGACAUGCCUUCUGCGCGAAGGGAUAUUCCAGUGAUGAGUCGUACGAUGGAACCCAAAACGGGAGAAUAUACGCAAGGAUAUGUAAAUGAACAGAUGGAAAUGUCCAAACUAACCCCAAUGAUAACCCCAACCCAGUUCAACAUUGUGGGAAGCGCAAAUACUGUGGAGGGACCAAUCCGUAUGGAAAAUCCCCACCCCAUUUAUCCUUCCAGAAAUAAUGGCCAGCAAAUUAUGAUAAGCAAAACGGUUAGCGGAGUGGUGGGGCUGAAAAAGGCCAAUGAGUACAUGAAGAGCGAAUUAAAUUAUUACCUAUCUGGUGGUGGUAAUUUUACCGAGGGGAGUCGUCAUUCCUAUGAGGAAGCAAAUGGAAAAGUGGUAAACUCGUCUCAACCGUUGAGCGAAACAAAUAGAGUUAAGAAUGGAAUAAUCAGCGUAGAUGUGGAUUCCCCCAAAUGUUGUAGCAUCGGUGCAGUAGACGCUAUCGACUCGACAUUAGGGGGAGAAUCGAACACAGGUAACCGUUUAGUAAAUUACAAGGGGGGGGAGUUACGUGAAAGGAAUAGAGGUCAUAUGAGCAAUGUUAGCAUCUUCAGGGGAGGUCAGGGUGGUACUGGUAGUUUAGGCCUUCCUAGUGAGAACACAAAUGUGGAUGCUACUAAUGUCCAAGUAGGUAGUGCACCCCUUAACGACCCACCUGCGAAUGGUGAAGAGGGAAAUUUCUCCACGUUCAAUGAAGACAAAGGCAGAAGCGCAUUAGGUCAACAGAAUGAAAAAAUAAAAUUUAACAAUGGGAUGUAUUACUAUGCCAAUGUUGGUGCGAGUCAGGGUGUGCAGAUUUUCAACCCGGGAGAUACUUCCAAUCUGAGGAAUAAUAACACUCUUUAUGGACCCCCCAAUAAUGCCAUCCCCAUGAGCAAGCAAUAUUCCUACCUGUCUGACCCUACACAUAGGCAAUUCUUACCUCAUCCUCCCAGUGUAACCCCAAACGGUAAUAACUUCAACGGAAUGCAUUACGAAAAUAAGGCGGUGAGUAUGCCCAAUUUAGGCAACAUAAAAUUUCAGGGCAAUUUAUUUAACGCUGGGAUGGGAAACAAAAUUGGUGACCCCGUUAAUGUAACGAGAAGUGACAUUCCCUCAGUUGUGCAUGCUCAGACGGAUCAGCUACCCCCUCAGCAGAUCAUUCACCCAAACUUUAGCAAAGCGUUGCAAAUUCCCAUUAACUAUGCAAAUAUUUCAAAUGGGUUAAACUACAAUGCGACCAACGCACGGAGGAAUGAUCUGUUAAUUAAUAGCCGACCUUAUGGUGGGAAUAUUUUCUACGACGUGAACGGUAAGGCGUACAUAGUUGGCACAAACGGGGCGGCCCAUACCAGCUCAGUGAAAACCCUCCGUAAUUACGCCCUUCCUAGUUAUCACCGUCCGAUUGAUAAUGCAAAUCAGAGCAAUCUCAAUAGGGACCAGCUCAUCGGGCAAACCGGACAUGCUAAUUUGGUUACCCCUGUUGCCAUGCAUGGGGGGAGCGACAUCGGUCUAAAGAAACCUUCCGUGGUGUUAUCAUAA